UCUGUAGUUCCUCUCCCCGCCUGGGGCGGGGAUUGUUGUGUCUUGUUUUUGGUGUCUUGUUUUCUUUCUCCUCCAUGUAUCUUGGCAGGCUCUCAUUUCUGUGACUGUUGGCCGAAGAGAAUGUUCCGGAGCUUCCAAGAAGGGAGGGGACUCGGGUUGGCUAAUCCCCGGAUGAACGGUGCUCCAUCCCCCCCCCAUCCCUUGUCGAGGUGUUAAGGAGCCCAGAGGAGCCCCCUCACCCGGACUCUCUUUUCCCACCUCACGCUCACGAGUUUGCCCAGUGCUACUACUGGCCUCAGCCGCUGACGUCAGUCCUGUCACCACCUGGUCCUUCACAACGGACACUUGGAGGCGGGGCCACGGGUGAGGAGGUUGCCGCCGGGGAGGGCGGGCUAUCCAGGUUCUGGUUCCAGUUUCUGUCCCAGGCGCCUGGCACGUGCAGCCCACUCAGCGCCUGGCGGCGGGAAGCCAGCUCACUUUAGAUCAGUCACCGGGGUUCCCGCUUUAGAAGGGUCCCCACCUUAGAUCGAUCACUUGGACAUUAAGGCACGUUUUAGCGUCUCGUCUUAAUGAUUAUGUCCACUCGUCCAUUUGUGUUUUCUGCGUCGUGUCAUUGGAUGUAAUCCUCCGAAAUAACGCACACUAGCCUCUGACAACCAUGAAGCAAUCUGUUACACGUGGGUCUGAACUUGUAGACUCGGUUCAAAUAUCAAAUAAAUCUAUAACAGAAAGUAGCCUCUGGAGGUCUCCAUGUCACGGGGGGACCCUUCCCUCAGCUGUCUGAGGCCCGCUCAGCCCCGUGGACUGGUUUGUGGAGUGACCAUUUAUCGGGCACCUAGAAGAUAAUGAACUCUGCUCCUCUGCCUGCCCCGUGAUCCCGGAAGCCCCUCGGAGGCAGCUACAGGACACGAGCUGGAUGCAGCCCCUGUUCCACAUCCAGUGUGGGUCCCACCAGGAUCCCACAGCCAGCACAUUCUCUGCUGGCUGAGGCCUAAGCCUCAGGCACAGCCGCAGAGCCACCCGUGCGCCCUGCCUCGUCCUCAUGGCCUACCUGAGCCCCUUACAGCUCCAGAAGUUUCAGGAGGAUGGAUUCCUGGUGCUGGAAGGAUUCUGGUCUGCCGACGAGUGUGUGGCCAUGCAACGGAGGAUUGGCGAGAUAGUGGCUGAGAUGGAUGUCCCUCUCCACUGUCGCACGGAAUUUUCCACCCAGGAGGAGGAGCAGCUGAGAGCCCAGGGCAGCACAGACUAUUUCUUGAGCAGCGGCGACAAGAUUCGGUUCUUCUUUGAGAAAGGCGUCUUUGAUGAGAAAGGAAAUUUCCUGGUCCCUCCGGAGAAAUCCAUCAACAAAAUUGGCCAUGCUCUGCACGCCCAUGACCCUGUCUUCAAGUGUGUCACACACUCCCCCAAGGUGCAGGCUUUGGCCAGAAGUCUGGGCCUCCGGAUGCCCGUGGUGGUGCAGAGCAUGUAUAUCUUUAAGCAACCUCACUUGGGCGGCGAAGUCUCCCCUCACCAGGACGCCUCCUUCCUGUAUACGGAGCCUCUGGGCCGGGUGCUGGGCGUGUGGAUUGCUCUGGAAGAUGCCACGCUGGAGAAUGGCUGCCUCUGGUUCAUCCCUGGCUCCCACACAGGUGGAGUGUCGAGAAGGAUGGUCCGGGCCCCUGCUGGCUCAGCGCCUGGCACCAGCUUCCUUGGGACCGAGCCAGCCCAGGAUAACAGCCUCUUUGUGCCCACACCGGUGCGGAGAGGGGCCCUCGUCCUAAUCCACGGAGAAGUGGUGCACAAAAGUGAGCAGAAUUUCUCCGACUGCUCACGCCAGGCCUAUACUUUCCACCUCAUGGAGGCUGCUGGCACGGUCUGGAGCCCAGAUAACUGGCCCUCUGAGGGCAGGGACGCCACCCCCUCUCGGGAGAAGCUGUGGGCCACCAACGCCAGCGCCUCAACCCACCGCCCAGCUGCAACGGGGAAUUCGCAUCUCUCCUCCAGGGCUUUCCUUCUGCUGGUGUCUGUGCAGACAGGCAGGCAGGAGCAGAAGGCUGGGCUGGGUGCCUUCCCCGAGAUCUGUCUCUGUCUGUCCCGACCCCAACACAACCUCCCCCUAGAGGCAGCCUCACGGCCAUGAAAGGGUUCUGGCUGCCUCUCUGCCGGCUUCUCACUCGUCGUCUCCCCUCUCACAUGGAACUCUUGGUCAUUACGGUGGGAGACACUGAAUAAAAAACACUUCCAAAUGCA